AUGAAUUCCAUUCCUAAGAUAGGGGAUAUGUAAACCAAAAGCAAACCCAAGAUAUCUAAUAAUACAGGUUUGCCACCACUUCUUUCUCCCAGAGUCAAAAUUGAUCCAAUUAAAACAGCUCAAAUUCCCCAGGCAUUUAGAUCAAUAUCUACAGUGAAGAAGAAAUCUAUUGAGAAGAAGGAAGACACUAGGCCAGUUACUGACAAUACAUAAAACCAGAAGUGCUAUCCAUCAGGUAAAAAAUAGAGAGCAUAGGGACUCAUAAUUCGUAAACUCUAGAAUCGGCAAUCUAAAUUAUAAACUACAAAUUAGGAACCGCAUGAAUAGAUUCUUAAUAAAUUUUAAAGUCCUGCAGUCAGAAUGCUUGAGUUCCCAAUAAAUGACUUCCAUGAUGAUACACUAAUAAAGGAAGAAGUGUCCCAACAAAUGGAACAAGUAACAGAGAAUAGAUUUACAACAAUGAAGAAUCAAUCUUUCUCUAGUUCUUAAAAGUUUGCAUUAGAAUCUUCAAAUUCCAAUAAAUAAGUCUAAGAUUCCUCUUCGAACUCUUAGUUUGAUUUCAAUUCUUAAGUUCCUACCUUCACAGAAGGGGAAAUGAUUGGUGCUGGUUCAUUUGGAUAAGUAUACAUAGCUCAAGAGAAUAGAACAGGCAAGAUUUAUGCAGUAAAAAAGAUAAAUCUAAAGGGAGACUUUGAUUAGGAGGAUUUGAAAGGAUUGAAAAGUGAGAUAGAAUUACUUAAAAGUAUCAAACAUAAAAAUAUCAUCCGUUAUGUUUGGAAUUGUGAAAAUGAAGAUUAUUGGUUAUUAUAUUUGGAAUAUUUAUCUCAAGGCACCCUAACUUAAUUAAUCGAGAAGUUUGGGCCACUCCAAAUUAAUACAAUUCAAUAAUAUUCUAGAUAAAUAUUACAAGCUAUAUCCUAUUUACACGAGAACAAUAUCAUCCACAGAGAUAUCAAAGGAGCCAAUUUGUUAUUAGGAGUUGAUGGUGAAAUUAAAUUAGGAGAUUUCGGGUGCAGUAAAAUCAAAGAGAAAACCAUUUAACGUUCUAAAUAGAGUGGGGACAUCUUGCAUUCUCUCAAAGGGAGUAUUCCGUACAUGGCUCCUGAAGUUGCUAGUUAAGAUGAGAAUUGCAGGGCUAGUGAUAUUUGGUCAUUUGGAUGCACUGUCUUGGAAAUGGCCACAGGAAAAAAACCAUGGUAUGAACACAAUUUCGAUAAUCCUUUGAGUGCUCUUUUAUAUAUUAUCACCGAUAAUUCACUUCCUCUAAUACCUGACGACUUGGAUCAAGAUCUACAAUCAUUUAUACGACUUUGUUUAUAAAGGGAUCAUAAAUAGAGACCGACUGCCAUGCAAUUGCUAUAACACUAAUUCAUAGUUAAUUAAUGA